AUGGUGAUCGCCUGCGCGCGGCUUCGCACCCGUGACUGCUUCUCGGGGCUCACUGGCCUCCACCUGACUGACGUUCAGUGGGAGCAGGCAGCCCGCGAUCUGGCUCAUGCCGGCCUUGGCUUGCGCUCGGUCGCUCGCGAUGCACCGGCCGCUUACCUCGCCUCGGUUGGAGGGUGCGCGCAGGCGUGUAGGGAGCUUGACCCUGGCUACGCGGCAAGUGGGCUUGCGUCCGACCCCACAGUCCUCCUUGCUGCCUCCUCCUUCAGCGCGCUCCUUGCGCAGCCUUUGGCCUCCCAUCUGGCGCUGGGCAUGCGACAAAAGGCUUUGACUGCCCUGUGUGACGCAGCUAGCUGGAGCCAACACCUCCUAGUGUCGUCCGUCACUGCCCGGGCACUCCUUCGCUCCGAAGCUGAACAAGGUGCGCGUGCUUGGCUUGCCGCUGUUCCUGUUGCCAAAACUCGCAUGGAAGGUGCGGCCUUUGUCAUGGAGCUCCGGCGCCGCCUGGGUGUCCCUGAUGCGCCAGGAGAUGCCUGGUACCCAAAAUGCGAUGGCAUCAUGGACCGGUUUGCAUUGCACGCAGGCACUUGCGCUGCGGGUGGCGAGCGCACUCAGAGACACAACGCCCUGCGUGAUCUGCUUGCUUCCUGGGCAGACCGCGCCGGCCUGCAGCCUGAAGUCGAGAAAGCUGGCCUCCUUCUUCCGCAACGACCCGGUGAAGCACAAUUGUCCCGGCCCGCCGACAUAUUCUUGCCCUCCUUGUCUGGAGCCCCUGCUGCACUUGACCUGGCCGUCACGGCCCCGCAGCGGCAGGAGUCCCUUGCGCAGGCGGGACAGCACGCCCUCGCGUCUGCAUCCCAGUACGCUGAGACCAAGCGAGCUUACCUCCAAACAGCCCACGCUUGCGCUUCGCAGGGGGUUCGUUUUGUGCCACUUGUCGUGGAGUCCACCGGGGCUUGGGAGCCAGCUGCCUCCAAAACCCUACAGCUCCUGUCCCGUGCCGUCGCAGCCCGGACCGGCGCUGAUGCCGGAAUCCUACAUGCAGAGCUCCUUCAAGAAGUGUCGGUUUUGCUCCGCAGCCAUCACGCCCGUGCGGCACUUCGUCGUCGGGCGGAGGCUUCGGCCCAGGACGGCGCAGCGUGA